UUUGAGCCCAAAUUAGUUAUAGCUUUCAAGCCCAAACUGGACCCAAACAUACAGUGUGAAUACUCGGCUCAAUAACCAGCAUCUAAGCACAGCCCCAAAUUCACUACCGCAGCCCAAUACACCAACGACGCGCCAGCGCCCACUGUGAGCCGUAGCUUUCGCCUCCGCCACCGUCCUCCGUGCUCUCUCCGCCCGCGAGCCUACCACUCGAGAAUCAUGAAACGCUUGAAGUUUCACAUUAAUGUGCUUUCAUCUGUGACUAAUGGAGCUAAGUCCCUUGCUAUUUUGGUUUAUAGAAGAUAUGUUAAACGUUAUAUUAUGAGGAAGGGGAUGAAAUUCAGUUUUUGAUUCGUCUAUGUGCUGUUUCGUUGUGAAGAUCGAUUCAAUUUUUCGUGUAGGAGAAAGAAAAUACUGCAACAAAAAAUGGCUGCUACGGGUGAAAUGAAUGAUUUGUCAUCAGAAAUGGAGGUGGAUGCUUUUAGACGUCUUUUUCCUUUACGGUUUCACGAGCGUCACCUUGUUGAGUCAAUUAGGCCCGACGGUCGGCCUCUUGAUAGAGCUCGAAACACGACACUCGUGCUAGGAGCUGUAGCAUCUGCUAAUGGAUCAGCACUAGCGAAGAUAGGUUGCACCACCAUGUUAGCUGCCAUUAAAAUGGAAGUCAUGACACCAACUGUGGAGGCACCGAAUGAAGGUUGCAUAGCCAUUGAUUUCCACAUGCCCCCCAUUUGUUCUCCACUCGUUCGCCCUGGCAGGCCGGCAGAAAUAGCUCCCGUAUUAGCUAAACAUUCUGGCAUGAUUGAUCUGAAAGAAUUAUGUUUGGUGAAUGGCAAAGCUGCUUGGAUGGCAUACUUGGACAUAUACUGUUUGGAUGCUGACGGUGCCCUUUUUGAUGCAGCUUUGCUUUCUGCAGUGGCAGCCUUCUCGCAUCUGCAAAUCCCGAUAGUCUCUCUCAACGAUGACGGUCGAGUUGUUCUUGUAUCCGAGGACAGCAAAGGAAGAGCCAAUAAAGAGAAGAGAAAGCUCAAUCUGAAUGCGGUACCAUUUGCACUAACAUGUGUACUUUACAAGGACUACAUUCUGGCGGACCCCACCUCUGAGGAAGAGUCGAUUAUGGAGACAUGUCUGACCGUGGUACUCGACUCAUCUUUUCAGCUCGUUUCGUUUAAUAAACCUGGUGGGCCCGGUCUUGCACAUACAUCAGCAAUCCAGGACUGCAUAUCGUUAACGAGACAACGAGUGAAAGAACUUCAGAAGGUUCUGAAUGAAGCAAUCUCUGAUGUGGAAGUCGACUGAGAAAUUUUGUGCUGACUAACAGAUAUUAGUCGUUUCGUUAGAGCUUUUAAUCGUUUGUUUUUGUUUAUUUGAUUUUCUCGUCUCCUUAAGUUUCUUUAGUACACUACUCGUAGAAAAAAUUGAAGUGCCCCGCCCAUAUAGGUUAGCUUUUUGUUUGUCAAGUUUUGGUUUUCAUUUUGUCUUUUCAGCUUAUGUAUUUGGCUAUUUGCUGGAAAAUGUUGUCAAGUGCCUAGUUGUAAGACUAUGAAUAGCAUUGUGAGUGAUUUUUCUUUCAUCUUGAUUUCAAUUUGUUAUAACGUAUAAAGUAAUAGUUACAAUAAUGAAA